AUGUUGACAAAAACAGCCUGCCUCUUGGGCCUCUCGGUUACAUCCGCUGUCAACGCCGUUCAGUACGGAUACAAUCAUGUUCCCGUUCGGCCGGACCCCGCGCUGAUAGCUGCCAAUUUCAAAGAUGUCGAUAUUGAAUUACUGUCACCCGCCUUUGGCGGAGAUAGACAGUCUGGGUUCAAGAACGGCACACAGGGACCAACCUCACAUGAAGAUAUGGAAUCGUUCAUGGAAAGAGUCGCCAGCAACAAUGAUUACAUGACGUACCAUACAGCAAACUUUACAUCUGAGGAGCUCCGCUCAUUUCCGUAUGUGAAGCUGUCAACAACAAAGGGACGAACCAGAUCAAACAAACUACGAAUCUUUAUCCAGGCAAGUGUACACGGGAAUGAACCUGCUGGCGAUGAAUCCAUUCUCGCUCUACUCGGCAAGUUCGACAAUGAUCCCAAGUGGGCUACCAAGAUGCUCAAGGAUACCGAUAUUGUCAUCAUGCCUCGCUAUAAUCCCGACGGAAACUACUAUUUUCAGCGCAUCCUAGCCUCUGGUCUUGAUCCUAACCGCGAUCAUAUCAAGCUUGCUCGUCAGCAGACUCGUGAUAUCAAGAAGUUCUUCAGUGAAUUCGCACCACAUGUUGCGAUCGACAUGCACGAGUAUGGUGCGUCUUCCAGAUACGGCAACUAUGUCCAGGCCGCGGAUGGUCUUUUCUCUGCUGCGAAGAACUUGAACAUCAACCAGGGUAUUCGGGAGCUUUCGGAAGAGUUGUUUGCUAAGAACAUCGGUGAGGAUAUGGUCAAGGCCGGACUGAGAUGGGAGCCGUAUGUCACCGGUUCGACCAACUCGACACCUGGUUAUGUCCCCAAGUUCGAUGAGGCUGGCUCAGACGUAAAGAUUGGCCGCAACGCCAUGGGCGUGACACAAUGUGUCACCUUCCUAAUCGAGAUGCGAGGUAUUGGUCUCGCCGACCAGGAAUUCCAACGACGAACUGCUGCUGGUUUGACCAUGGCCAGCUCGAUCAUCGAGACAACUGCCAACAACGCAGAGAAGGUCUUGGGGACAGUUGAAGGCGGUAUCAAGGACUUUAUAGAGUCCAAGGAUCCCAUUGUGAUCACCGAUUACACAAAGUUCAGCUCUCGCGAAUUCAAGAUGAUCGACGCAACCAACGGCUCCGUUGUCAAGGUUCCUGUCCAAUUCGCUUCCACAACACCCACGACUGCUAACCUUACCCGCUCUCGACCUGAGUCUUACCUUAUCCCUGUCGCUUGGUCAAGCCUUGCAGAACGCCUCGAAGUUUCUGGCCUCGAAGUCAAGACUCUCAAUAAACCUUGGACCGGGACCGUUGAGGCCUUCAACGUUACUUCUGCUGAGCUCUCUCAAUCUUACUACGAAGGUGUUGUCCUUGCGACUAUUACAACCGAGACAAAGAAGAAGGAGAUUAAGCUUCCAGCCGGAAGCUUUCUUGUCAGCACCAGACAGAAGAAUGCUGGUUUGGCUUUUGCUGCUCUCGAGCCCGAGAACAUCGAUUCCUAUGCCAGCGUUAACAUUAUCCCGUUGAAUGUUGGCGAUGAAUACCCUGUUUUUCGGGUUAUGGAAUAA